GAUCAGAUCAGACAGAGGAGUUGGGGUUCGGCGGUCUUAGCGGCUACAUACCGAGAGACGCUUUGCUAGUGAUCAGACCAGGAAGGCAUACACAGCAUUGAACGAGCAGUUCGAUGCGUACACCGGGGUCAUCUGGCAGCCCUACACGGAAGCAGCCAUACAAGCGAGAUACCCUGGUGGUAUGUCUGUGCUAUGCACAAGGGACCGAGAUUACUGGAUGACAAAAUCUAAGAUCAUCUUCAAUGUCUUCGUCGAGGAGACGGCACAAUAGAGGGUUAUGAGGCAAUUUGGUCUUCUGCAGUUGGAGCUACCUCCCCCUAUAGAGAACCCGGUGCCAGCACACAUCCACAGGACGACAAGGAAGGGCAUGACCAGGACAACUGCUGACUGGCUAGUUAGACUAGAGCCGUAUGUUAUAGAAUGGGAGACAGCAAACACAAAUCUAUGGCACAAGAAUCACAAUUUCGAUCUCGAUGAAUUCAAUCUCUAUUUGCGGCGCUACAUGACCGGAACACGGUUACGCAUCGUUGAGUACUCCCACCCAGAGGAGAUACCGGAUCCUACUCCGUCGGAUAUGUACCCGAGCUAUGAUACUUCGGGCUCUAGGCAGUACGCGGCUACCUUGACACGCGAACUCUACGACGACGUGACCACCUUUGGACGAUCACUAUCGUCUGGACCUCUUCUUCAGCAUCGUCCAGCCGACUGGACCCUGUCGGCCAACUGCAGGGCGACUGGACUUGAUCUGGUGGCCGACAGGCCAAUCGGCCAGCAGCAAGCAGAUAGGCCACCAGUCGGCCUGCUGUGGGCUGACUAG